UAGACUCGUUCAGUGUCGCCAACAACAAAACCGAGUUACCACAAUCACGCUUCAGAUACUACUUGUCUUAUCAAAGAAAAUGGCUAAACGAUUACGUUCUAAUCGCUUUACAUCAGUACGUGUGAAUCAAAAAGUGUUUACGAAGCAUAAAACUGUAUUGGACGCGAACUAGCUACGUUUGUUGUGGGUCGGAGCGUUAUUUUCAGAAUGUCAUCCACUUCGUCGCCGGCUGUGAGAAAAAUAGUUCUCAACACAUUGCUCGAGACGGAUCACUACGGAGGCCUGAUCAAGGAGUUGACUUGUACCAAAUGUAACACUUACAUGAGACCACCCAUCCACCUCUGCGUGGAUGGGCAUAGUCUGUGCGGCAAAUGCUAUGAGAAGAGCUACCAGUGUCAUAUAUGCAAGAAAGAAUACUCCACGAUCAGAUCGACGGCGCUCGAGUCGUUGGCGAACAAGGUUCUGUUCCCGUGCACGAACCCGGGUUGUCCCAAACAUGCGGUGCUCACCCAGCUUGACAAGCACUAUGCGCACUGCCAGUUCCGCAUCAUUGAUUGCUUCAUGGCUAGAGUUUAUGGGGACUGCAAAUGGAAAGGUCGUGCCGGCGACUGGAUGGACCAUUGUUUCAUGGAACAUAGUGAGAAGGUCACAGAACUCCCAUUUAUCACUGUGAAAAACCGAUGGGACGCGAAGAGAACGGAGCCUGUGCUCAACUACUUUCUACUGAGGUGUUACGACCGAAUAUUCAAUGUGUACCAGAUUUAUGAUAAGAGAGGAGGAAGAAUGAUGUGGACAGUGCUCGUGAACGAUGACCACGCUGAGAAAUUUUAUUUUGAAGUGGACAUCUUCCUGCCAAACCUACCGAGCAAAAGGAUUGUUUAUAGACGGCCAUGCAAGUGCGAGAAAGAUGCAGACUUUCUGGAGCACACUCAGAACGUGUACAUUCCCGUAGAGAACGUGUUCUCUAUGUUAGACGAGGAUGAGUCUGUCAACUUUAUUGUCAGAAUUGGUAUGCGUUUUGUAGAAAAAUGGUGGUUUACGUACCAAGACACAUAAGGCAAAAUUCCAAAUUAUUGUCACCGCUUUUCGUUGUGAGGUAGAAAAUCUGCCGAUUUUCGAUACUCCUACUCCCAGUGAGAGCAUCAUUUUACUUCACAACGAUGACCGCAAGGAUGAAUAAAACACUAACAGGACCUUAUUAUAUUAUUUUAAAAAUAAAAUAUAUAUUAAACACUACAUUUAAUACUAAAUUCGCUUCUUGUAAAGCACUGGUACUCAGCUGAAUCCGGUUAGACUGGAAGCCGACCCCAACAUAGUUUGGGAAAAGGCUCGGAGGAUGAUGAUGAUUACAUUUAAUACUAUAGUUCUUGUCAAAUAAGUUUGCCUCUCUGAAGUCAGCCAUUUGGUGCAUCCAUGCAAAAUAGUGUACUAUUUGAACAUAUUGACCAUCGUAAAUAUACUAUUCGCAGCAAAUAUAUUUGACGAGAACUGAACUCUUUCCGAUCAUUUAAAAUAAAUAGAAGGAAUAAAUUCAUCUGCUUUUUUAUCUGUCACCAUCUUUUAGUUUGGUAGUCCAAAUGUUUUUUCGCAAAUUCUUUUACAUUUUCAGUUUCAACAAUGAAUUCAACUGCGUCGAAAUUGUUGGUCCGUGAACUCCGUACAUAACUGUGCAUGUAUGCCAACUAUGUAUUUUCUAUGCGUUUUGUUGAAAUAUUUUAUAUACUAGGCUGUUGUUAUUUUAGUUCAAACUGCAUUACCUAAAUGCCAUUUUCAGUUGUCAAAUCGCCAAUUUGACCAAUGGGCGGUAAGUAUGCGGCUGGUUAUGGUUUGGUUAUCGUUAUAAUGAAAUGGUGAAAUUAUCCUUAGAUUUGUACAUUCAAAUGUAAUUGUAUGAUAUGAAACACAGCAUGAAACUAAGCAAUAAUAUUUAUAUCGAGGGUACAAAAUGACGUUUACACAAUAUUUCUAAAGGUGCGUAACAUUUUUGUGCUCGGACUUUUAUUACUUCUAGAUUGAUUUAUUUGAUAUCGAAAAAUUGAUUUAUGAUUAUUUAUUAAAAAUCUGUAAUUGUCAGUACAUAAAUUGACCGAACUUCGAAGUUUUUCAUUUCACAAAUACGUUCUUUACUCUAAGGUAUUGUUACAGGUUAUACCUAUGUUGUUUCUUUAUAAAUACCUGUACAAAUAGCUGAAUUUACUUAGUAAAUACGUGUAUGUCAACUGGCAAGGGAUUACUCGGGAUUUUCAACAUAUUUCGGCCGCAAAAAUAUUCCCCCGAGCGUAAUCAACUACUAGAUAGUUUAAGAGAAUAACAUCGAAACAAUUUAUCAAACAAAACAAGAGUUGUGUCCAACCGAAGUUAACUUAAUCCAUUGUAAUUUAGUCCUUAGAGCAUAGUUUUAGAGUUCACUUUGAAACUUCCAUUUGUUGUUUUCGUCACAAUCUUUGUUGUAUUUAAAAUAAACUUUGUACGAUAUUAAAUAAGUAAACAAAUAUUUUGUGA